UCCGGGUUGAAGAAAUGUCAAAAAUAUUAUGUUCAUUUCUCUAAUUAGAGUCUACUAAUAAGAUGGAUCCACAGGUUAAUGGGACACUGAUAGAAGGAAUUGGAGAUGAGCUGCUUUACGUAAUCACCAUUGUAGUUGCAGCUAUAUGUGUGGGCAUAACUUUGUAUUUCAGAUCAACACAAGAUAUUCAACAUAGAAUUCAUCCUGCAAGUGAAGCAGAUGUUAAUAACACAAGAGAGAGACUUGGGAACACACAAAAUGGUAAUGCACCUCACAUGCAGAAUUCUGGUUCAAGACAUAGUGAAAGAAGGGAAGCGGUUAUCACUUGCCCAAUUUGUUUGGGAGAUGCACUCUUUGCUAUUGAGACAAAUUGUGGUCACAUAUUUUGUGGCCAAUGUAUAAUCACAUAUUGGCAGCAUGGAACCUGGUUAGGUGCUGUAGCCUGUCCUGUUUGUAGACAGCAGGUGUCUCUCCUGCUAUUCCAUUUUACUGAUGGUGAAAGGAAUAGUGAGUCAGAGGAAAAGAAUGAAGUGAUGCGAGAAAUAAACUUAUACAAUAGAAGAUUUUCUGGAGAACCUAGAGAUUUGAUGGACUAUUUAAGAGAUCUGCCUACUUUGCUGCGACAUGCAUUUACAGAAUUUUUCUCAGUUGGAGGACUAAUAUGGAUGUUCAGACUUCGAAUUAUUGUCUGCUUUUUUCUAGCCUUAGUAUAUUUUCUAUCUCCAUUGGAUAUAAUACCAGAAGCCAUGUUUGGAAUAUUAGGAUUUCUUGAUGAUUUCUUCAUCUUGCUUUUGUUAGCAAUAUAUAUAAGCAUUAUUUAUAGACGAUUUGUCGAGUCACGUGCUCAUGCUGUAGACUGAUUCCCAUGUACCUUGAACAAGCAAACUUUAAGUUGUUACACAUGAAAUAUAAUAUACUAUGACUGCAUCUAGCUGUCAAUAGCUGUGUUCAUUAAUCAUGUGUACUGGAAAUAAUAAAGAAUAUCUAGUCUGUGACUGAAUUUUGUAAAAUCAUGGGCUUUUGAAAGACCAUGCUCAAAUACUUCACUUCAUGGAGUUAAAAUAAUUGAAUUUUUGAUGUAGAAUGAAUUCAUUGUUUUUACUGUAAAUUGUAUCUAAUGUAGACACACUUGAAGAAGGGUUAUGUCAUGGCCAUUUUCCAUACUGUAGUUCUGACAUUAUUUCAAGAUCGACCAUCCUUCAAUUUUUAAAGCAAUUUAUCAAAGAAAUUGAAUAUAUGGACAUCUCCUUCCUCAGUUUUAAUGAAUGGAAAUUUCUGCAUCUAAAGUGUCCAUAACAUGUAUAUUUGAUUAGAAAUCUUGAAGGCAGAAUCAGAUCUAGUAAGAUCCUGAAGAGUACUCUUGACAAAAAUUAUAAAUAUGGUUGCCAUUUUUAUUAGGCUAUUUGGGAGAAUUUUAAAAGCUUUCCCCAUUUUUGCACUUUUAAUAAAUUCACCAAUUUUUAACAUAUCAUGGAUCUUUUGGGA